AUGGCAACAACCACCGUUCAGGUUACUGAGUCAGCUUCACUCAAGUCCUCUCAUCGUCCUACGUUCCCAGCCAUUAUCGAUGACAGAGCUUCGUACGAGCCUCAGCGGGAGGCUUUCUUUGUACCCCGCACAUCGAACCCUCGUGAUGGCUGGAAAGCAAUUACGUACAAGGAGUUCGCAAACUCCAUCAACUACAUGGCUCAGGUCAUUGUCCGAAGAUUCGGAUCACCCCAAAAAGACACAUUUCCCACCAUCGCUUACAUUGGACAAAAUGAUAUUAGAUAUGGGAUUAUGAUUGUCGCAGCUAUCAAGGCUGGCUAUAAGGCUCUGUUUGUGUCACCUAGAAAUACCUUGGAGGCACAACUGAAUCUUUUUAAACUUUCCGAUUGCCAAUUUGUAGCCCGGCCAAAAUCGCACACUGCCAUUGUUGAUACAUGGCUAGCACACCGGCCUAUGGAAGUCCUCGACGUCGAGGAGUUGGAUGCUAUCCUCACUCAACCAGAAGUUCCUCAUGUGCCAUACACAAAGACACGCGAGGAGUCUGAAUGGGAUCCAUUCGUCGUACUUCAUACCAGCGGUAGCACAGGACUUCCGAAACCCAUCGUUACGAAACAUGGAGCUGUAGCCUUGGCCGAGACCGUCCGCAACCUUCCCGAGUGGAAUGGGUAUGUGCCUUUCGGGCGAGUAAUGGAGAAAAAUACCAAAAGGCAUUAUAGUCCCAUGCCCUUGUUCCACGCUGGUGGAGUAUUCGGGUUUAUUGGAACCCUGGUGAUGGGAGGCACACCUCUAGUCUUUUCGUACGGAGAUCGCCCUUCGACACCGGAACUUGCUCUAGAGUGUAUUAAAUACUCAGGCUCAGAGAGCGCUGGCUUAGCACCAUCCUUGCUGGAAGAGAUGUCACAUAACCCAGCCCACAUCGCAGAGCUAAGGAAGCUCACAUAUGUGAUGUUUGGAGGUGGUCCUUUGAGCCAAGAAGCCGGCGACACCCUCGUUCAGAAUGGUAUAACUUUGAUUAACGUCAUUGGAGCAACUGAGUCGAUGCCGCUAUCACUAUAUCACCAACCAAACCGAGAACUCUGGCAAUACUUCAUAUACAAUGAUGAAUAUGCAGGACUCGAAUGGCGCAAGGCGACCGCCGAAGAUGAUGUUUACGAAAUGGUCAUCACAAGGAAGUCAAAGCAGUCACCGAUGCAGGGCAUAUUUUACACUUUCCCCAACAUUGAAGAGUACAGAACCAACGAUCUGUACAAGCCGCACCCCGUGCUUCCACAUCACUGGAAAUUUCAUGGGAGAGCUGAUAACAUCAUCAAUUUGUCUAACGGGGAGAAAUUGAACCCCACUGACAUGGAAGACAUCAUUCUCGGCCACCCUGAUGUGCGAAAUGCACUCAUAGUCGGGGCGUGGAAGUUCCAGCCGGCUUUGAUCAUCGAGCCUAUGACGUUCCCCAAGACCAAGGAGGAAGAGAAUGAUCUCAUUGAUCGUGUCAUGCCUCAGGUUGCGGAAGCCAACAAGACAAUUGCUACACACGGACGACUUGUUAGACACCUCUUAAUGGUGUCCAAACCAGAGAAGCCGUUCCUUUUGGCAGAUAAGGGCACCGUGAAGCGAGCUGCCACAGUCAAGCUAUAUCAUAACGAGAUUGAGGAGCUUUACGCAAACCCUAGGGAGAUCCCUCUCGAUAAAGUCCCAAGACUGGAUUGCAGCUCCGAAACGGCACUUGCUCAGUCGCUUGAAAAGCUCCUUCGAGAGCAUUUGGGUGUGCCGUCAUUGGACACUGAUACCGAUUUUUUCGCUGCUGGCAUGGACUCGCUCCAGAUAAUCACCGCCGCUAAGUUGAUUACCGCCAGCCUCCGCGUUACAGACGAGUCGUACAAGAAUGCCACUAUCGAGGCGCGCGACAUGUACGCCCAUGCCAGCCCCAGUCAGCUUGCCCGUCACAUACUCGAUGUUGUUGUUAGUGGGAAGCUCGAGGAAAAGACACAGUCUGAUGAUCCGAAAAUUGCGGCAAUGAAAAAUCUAUACGAGGGUCUUUCAAGGGACCUUGUGCACGCCAAACCAGGCCGGCCUGAAGCUCGCAAAAACCACCAGACCGUUAUUCUCACUGGCUCCACUGGCAACAUGGGCUCUUAUUUACUCGACGAGAUGAUCCGUAACCCUGAAAUUGAAAAGAUUAUAUGUUUCAAUCGGUCUCCAGAUGGAGGCGCUGGAAAGCAGGAGAAGGCCAUGGAAGAGCGCGGCCUGAACUCGCCUAGCAAGAGCGGCAAAGUUGAAUUUUUUCAUACCACCCUCGGGCAACCCAACAUGGGCUUACGUCAGGAAGUCUAUGAACGUCUUCUCAGAGAAGUUGACCGCAUUGUCCAUAACGCCUGGGCCGUAAAUUUCAACAUGCCGUUCGAGGCCUUCGAGCCUCAUGUCAAAGGGGUACGCAACUUGGCUGAUUUCGCCGCCAAGGCAGACAGACGCGUGGUGAUGGUUUUUGUCUCUACGGUUGGUACCGUAAGUGGCUGGACUCCUGAUCGAGGUCCUGUUCCAGAGGCUUCCCUCCGUGGCGACUGGAAACUCGGAGGUUUAGGUUAUGGCCAGAGCAAGCUCGUCUCCAGCCUGAUCUUGGAGGACGCAGCCAAAGUUGGAGACUUCCCCCUUUCGAUUGUUCGUGUCGGGCAAAUCGCUGGGCCUCUUGCUGAACAGGGUGCUUGGAGUCGUCAGGAAUGGCUACCUUCCAUCAUUGCCAGCAGCGUCUACUUGAAGGCUUUGCCAGAGAGCCUUGGUGGCAUGAAUGAGAUUACCUGGGUUCCAGUCGAAGUUAUGUCUAGAAUGAUACUGGAUCUUGGCGGUCUCACCAAAGAAUCAACAUCCUACCACGAAGGGUAUUUUAAUGGAACCAACCCAUCAGCAACACGAUUCGAUUUGUUCGUUCCUGCCAUACAGCAGUACUACGGUAAGAAUCGCCUUCCGGAGAUCAUCAGUUUCAACGAGUGGGUUGAGCGAUUGGAAGCGAGUCGACAUGCUACUGGAGCUGUAGAAGCGGAACGCAACCCUGGCCUCAAGUUACUCGACUUUUAUCGUAGCACAACAAAAGGUGACAAGGACAAGGGUGGAUUUUUGACAGAGAGAACUGUGUCGUGCAGCCCUGCCCUUCGCUCCGUGAAGCCAAUCACGCCAGAGUUGAUGGUGCAUUGGUGUCGACAAUGGAAAUUUGAGAGCCCAUCUCGUACCGGACGUUUGUAG